AUUUAGAGAGAGAGAGAGAGAGAGAGAGGGAGAUGGAGUGGAAGAAGAGUUACCUUGAUCUGAUAUUGGUGCCCAUAGGCCUCCUCUCCUCCAUUCUAUACCAUAUUUGGUUGUGGCAAAAGAUUAGGUCGCAGCCACAACAGACCUUCAUCGGCAUCAAUUCUGCCGGUCGGCGACUCUGGGUCAUUGCCAUGAUGAAGGAGAACGAUAAGAAAAAUGUGCUGGCGGUGCAGACGAUUCGUAACGCAAUAAUGGGUUCCACCUUGAUGGCCACCACCUCCAUCCUCCUCUGCUGCGGCCUCGCGGCCAUGAUUAGCAGCACAUACAGCAUCAAGCAGCCGCUGAAUGACUCGGUCUACGGCGCGCAUGGGCAGUUCGUGGUGGCUUUCAAGUACGUCGCGCUUCUCUUCAUCUACAUCUGUUCCUUCGUCUGCUACUCCCUCUCCAUCAGGUUCAUAGGCCAAGUGAACUUUCUCAUCAACGUCCCUCAAGGAGAUGAUAAUUCCCUCGUGACGCCCGACUACAUUUCUAAUCUCUUGGAGAAGGCUUUUGCCCUCAACAUAGCGGGCAACAGACUCUUUUAUGCAGGUCUCCCCAUUAUAUUGUGGAUAUUUGGGCCAGUUGUGGUGCUUACAGGCUCUCUCUCCAUGCUUCCAAUACUAUACAACAUGGACAUUGCCAAUGGGCAAGGGAGGAAGGGUGGUAUCAUGAAAGAAGAUAAGGUGGAUGGAAAAACUCCUAUGGCAGCGUAGCCGCUGUGAAGGGCGGGAUCAUCCUUACCGAAAUUAAACAAAAAGGCCAGGGUUAUUAAUGUUUUUGCAUGUAAUCCUUCUUAAUUUGUUCUCUUUUAGAGUUGGUGCAGUAGAGAGGUACAUAUUCAGAGCCCAGAAUAUGUUCAGUGGGUCUGGUGAAACUUUACAUGCAAAUCAAUGAACAUAGGCCGUUAAA